GUUUUUUCUACUUCAAAGUCUUGUAUAUUUAUGUAUAUUAUAUAUAUGUAUCCAUCAAUAGUUCGUAUCAGGUAAUCUGAAUUAGAUCAUGAAAGUCGUAUUAGUGGUUCUUGCUCUCUUCGGAGUAGCCCUUGCAGCAUCCAUUGACCAAAGUGAAAUCCCAGAAUUCAAGAACAUAUAUGUGGAGCCCAUCAACCAACCAGAAGAAGAUGAUCCUAUGCUGAAAAUCGUCAACGGCCAAGAAGUUAUUCCUCACUCUAUCCCCUACCAAGUCUACUUAGUCGGUAGUGAUGGAAGAGCUAGUUGGUCUUGCGGUGGAUCUCUUAUCACCAAAAGAUACGUCCUCACUGCUGCUCAUUGCCUUGAUGGGGCUUCAUCUGUCAGCGUUACUCUCGGGGCUCACAAUCUCGUGCGACCUGCUGCAGGUUCUUUCACCUUGAAUGGCAGGACCUGGGUCAUCCAUGAGGAAUACGACGACACGAACAUCGACAAUGACAUUGGGGUCAUUCAACUGGAAAGGGCUGUAACCUUGACUAGAAACAUCCAAUUGGCUCGUCUUCCUUCUCUUCUUGACGUUGGAAUCAAUCUUGAAGGGCGCACUGCAAGAGUGAGUGGUUGGGGUCUGACCAAUGGAGUUUCUCAGACCACCACCAACGUUCUCCGCCAAGUCAACAACACCAUCAUCUCCAACAGAGAAUGCAACAAUGUGUUCGGAAUAGUGCGAGAUACUGAAGUAUGUCUCUCAAGCGCUGGUGGUCGCUCUGCUUGCAGUGGUGACUCUGGUGGUCCACUGGUCAUCGGUAACGUUCAACAUGGUAUUGUGUCCUACGGAUCUGCAUACUGCUUGUCCAACACUCCAUCUGUUUUCAACAGAGUUUCCUCUUACCUCAACUGGCUACAGAUCCACUCAGACUGGAGGGCACCAUAGAUAAUUUUGAAUCAAAUGAAUAUUCUAUGUUUCAAAUUUCGAAAUUCUAAUAAACAGUUUUUGGAGAGAUAGAAUGUGUUGCUUCGUUCGAUGUAUCAUUAGCUGAGAUACCCUUCUUCUUUAGCUGACUAUAGAUCCACUCAGACUGAAGGGAGUUUUCAACAGAUAGCAUAAACAGUAUAUCCUUCUGUGGGAAUUCUAUAUUUAUUUAUCGUUACCUAAAAUUAUUGUAAUUGUAAUUUUCGAUUCGAAUGGUGAAUAAAUAUUAUUAUUAUUA